AUGGUUACGGCUGCUGGCAAACUACGACAGCUUCUCGCGGACCCAGACAAAAUCAUUGUAUGCCCGGGAGUUUAUGAUGGAUUCACAGCACGAAUCGCUAUGCAGACCGGAUUCGAUGCUCUAUACAUGACCGGUGCAGGAACAGCUGCUUCUGUACUCGGUAUGCCAGAUCUCGGAAUACUCACUCUGAACGAGAUGCGCGGCAAUGCAGAGAUGAUUGCCAAUCUAGAUCGAUCUGUGCCACUGAUUGCUGAUGCCGAUACUGGAUUUGGAGGGUCAUUGAUGAUUCAUCGAACUGUCACUGAGUACAUUCGAAGCGGCGUAGCAGCUCUGCAUCUUGAAGAUCAACCAACCACGAAGAGAUGCGGUCACUUGCGCAACAAAAUCAUUGUUGACGAAGACGAAUUCCUGUCUCGAAUCAGUGCCGCGGUCAAUGCUCGUGCACAGUCCGGUGGUGAUAUAGUUCUCAUCGCCCGUACUGAUGCACUCGAGUCUCUUGGCUAUGAUAAUGCCGUGCAAAGACUGAAACAUGCCGUCGCGCUGGGGGCCGAUGUCGCUUUUCUUGAGGGCGUUACUUCAAAGGAGCAGGCAAAGCAGGUUUGUGAAGAUCUCAGCCCAACGCCUGUUCUUUUCAAUGCUGUGUCCGGUGGGGUAUCUCCUUAUUUAUCCGUACAAGAAGCUCGUGAUCUUGGGUUUCGAAUGGUUAUUUUUCCUGGGUUGGCGUUAGGCGCGGUCUACGGGGCUUUGACUGCGGAAGUGAAACACCUUAAAGAGACCGGUACUACUCCAGUCAGAACAGGUGGUCCCCGGGAGCUCUUCAAUGUUCUUGGAUUGAAGGAGGCUAUACAGAUAGACGCUGCAGCAGGUGGUAAGCUUUACGAAAGGGGCUUUUAG